ACUCGAAGUAUACGCCUAGCAUUUGGCGGCUUGAAUUGAAUAGGUUUUCAUUCAUUAACAAUUGCUACUUUGACAUUCCUGGUUUCGUGGUUAAAAAUGAUUCUUAAACGUGACAAACAUGGGGUGUCAUCAAUAUUCGAGCAGAUGAACCCGUUAAUCACAUUAAACACUGAUUACACUGGCAUUCAGUCAGUCACCUGUAUGACGACAAAACUAAAGACAAAAUGGAUGGAGCAGCCACCGGGCAGAUUAAAACGUCAAUCAGCUGUCAUAAUAAUAACGCCUUCGAACCUAGUGAGCUAGUAUUUUCAACUGAUUGUGGUGCAGUGAUGGCACAGGGAGAGAUAAUCUCCGCAGAAGAGGGAACAACAUAUAUAACAGUUCCAUUUCAUUUGAUUCAGGAUGUUGCUUCUCAGCAGAAUUUGUUGCUGAAAACAAUUCCUAGUAAUGCUGUUUUUCUCGAUGCUAGUCAGAUUGCUCUUAUAGCAGAUACUUCUAGUCAAGUAAUUCUUGGUGGAGUCCCAGAUAAUGAUGCUGAGAUAGUCAUUGAAGCGGCUGAGGUACCAGAGGAAACUGUGGAUAUACCUUGUGAUGAAGAACAUCACAAUGAAGUUUCUAUUGCCCUUGAAAAUAUUCAUGAAACUGGACAAACAGUGUGUCUUCCUAUUGAAACAACACAAAAAGAAAGUGACAUAGCAGACAGUGCAGUCAGUGAAAAAACUGUAAGAUUUGAACUGCCCAGCUCUGAUCCUGGGGCAGGAACAGCUGAAUCCUUUGAUCCUCAGAAAUUGGUGCAAGCAGGACAAAACCAGAAGACAAAGGAACCAAAUGUUGAACCACCGAUGAGGAAGGGUCCUUUUAUCUGUGAGACGUGUGGUAAAGAAUUCUCCAAAUGGGCUCAGCUACGGAGGCAUAUAAAGUGUCAUAUUGAUGAUAAACCUCAUAGAUGUAUAAAAUGUUCAUCAUCAUUCAAUGUUGAGUCAAACCUUAUUCUUCACAUGGCAACCCACAAUGUUGAUGAUCCAAAAUGCCCUGAAUGUGGAAAAUCAUUUGCGCGUAUUGCAAGUUUAAAGGCUCAUGUGAUGCUGCAUGAGAAAGAAGAAAGUCUUUUCUGCACAGAAUGUGGAGAUGAAUUUUCACUGCAGUCACAGUUAGAUGCUCACAAAAAGGAGCAUGCUGCCGAGUGGUUAAACACCUCGAAGUUGAUCAGCUGUCGUCAUUGUCAUCGUCAGUUUACACGUGCCUCAGCUUUGAAGGAACACAUGAGAGAUCACUAUAAGGUAAAAGCUUGUUUGUCUCGGAAAAGUCAUAAACGAAGGAGAGAUAAAAAUUCAUACAUACACAAGUGCAAUAUUUGUAGCAAGUCAUUUCAGAAACCAUCUCAGCUGGUGCGACAUUUGCGGAUCCACACUGGCGAGAAACCAUUUAAGUGUGAAAUUUGUCAGAGAGCAUUCAGUCAGAAGUGGUCUGUUCAGAUACAUAUGGCAAAGCACAAUGGCUUAAAACCUUUCAGAUGUGACUUCUGUAAAGCCAGUUUUAGCCAAAAAGGCAAUCUUCAUGCUCAUGUACUCAGAGUUCAUGCAAUACCUCAGUCAGGUGAACAAGUAUUUAGAUGUAUGGAAUGCCCAUGCGUCUUCAAGAAACUGGGAAGUCUGAAUGCGCAUAUGAGCCGUAUGCACUGUUCAGACUACAGGGUUUGUGCUGUGCUUGAUCCGGAAGAAGCCAUGAAGGUAAAUGUUAAUGCUGUCAUGACACAGCUGCAAGGAUUACAAGAAGCGAUAGAAGGGCCAUCAAAAAAAACCGAAGAAAAGGCUGCAGACCCUAAAGACAUUUUGCAGCAAGCUUUAAUGAAAAGUGGCCUAUCUGAUAAAACAUCUCCUCCAGAAGCAGUAAGAGAAGAAACACUUCAGACAGAUUGUCCAAGCCAGUCUAGUGAAACAUCUAAAAGGCAGAAAAGUUCUCUUAUUACCUUGGCAGACAAAGCACUUGAUGGAAGUGUGAGGAGAUAUAUAAUUAGACAAAGGCGAGUGGGAAGGAUCAGAUGGCACCAGUGUUCCUACUGUUCAAAGGAGUUCAAGAAACCUUCAGAUCUUGUGAGACAUAUUCGGAUACACACUCGUGAGAAGCCAUACAAGUGCCUGCACUGUUACAGAUCAUUUGCUGUGAAGUCCACCCUCACUGCUCAUGUCAGGACACAUACAGGGGUGAAAGACUACACUUGUGUUAUAUGCCUCAAGCAGUUUUCUGCACCAAGUAGCUUAAAUGUGCAUUUAAGGAUGCACACAGGUAAAAAACCAUUUUCAUGUCAUAUCUGUAAUAAAUCAUUCCGGACGUCAGGUAGUCGUAAGGCGCAUAUAUUAUCACAUGAAAAAGAAGAUGCAGCUAAACAGAAAAAUGGUGACAACUCUAAAACUGGUUCAAAUAAUAUGCCAGAGGUAAAAUUACAGGACCCAAUCAUAAUCACAACAACAGGUUUUGACCAACAAACGCCUCGGAACAGUGAGUUGUUUCCAGUAGAUAACCGUGAACGUCCAUUCAAGUGUGACUACUGCAAUGCCAGUUUUCGGAAAUCAAAUCAGUUGAAGAGGCAUAAUCAUAAGCAUACUGGCGAGAAGGCCUUCAAAUGUGACAUCUGUGAUAAGAGCUUCAUCUCAAAUGCAUCACUGAAGACACACUUGCGAACACAUGAAGGAGCAAAGAUCUACAGUUGCCCAUUUUGCGACAAUAAUUUCUCAACCAACAGCAGCCUUAAGAGACACAUGGUGACACAUAGUGAGAGUCGGCCAUUUAUGUGUCCUUACUGUCGUAAAACAUUCAAAACGUCUUUUAAUUGUAGAACACACAUGAAAACUCAUCGGCAGGAAUUAGUGCUUCAGGCUCUUCAACAAAGGACAGAUAAAGAAGGUAACAGGGAUUUAAAUAGUAGUAACUUCCCACCUGAUGGCUUGGGCCCAGAUUUCACUCAGGCAUUCUCAGAUAAUCCUUUUAAUGUAGCAGAAACAGGGUCACAAGAUAACAUCGAAUCGGACUUAACGCAAACGACACUUACCCAGCCAUUAACAGCAGAGGAAGUGAAUCAUAGUAGCAGUCCUGCAAACAACGCAAGUGUGAUCACACACACACUUCAUGAUCAACAGAAUUGUGCAAGUGUAAUCACACACACGUUGCACGACCCUCAGAACAGUGCUAGUGUAAUAACACACACCCUUCAUGCUGAUGCAACAGGAACAAUUACUUUACCAGCCCUCGAAGGACAGAGUACUUUGACACAGGAAAAUAUUCAGGAACUGGAAAGGACCCUCAAUGAGCAAAUAUUUGGAAAUGAUUCAGAUGCUACGCAAUUAGCAAAUGGAAAUUGCCAAGACCCAGGAAUUACAAUUUCUGAAAUAGAGGUGAAGGAAGUGGAGAAUCUUAUUGCCAAUGAUUCUGAAACACAUGCUAAUAUUGAACCAGUGGUACAUACUGAAUCUGCAACACAGGAUGAACAGCCUGAUACCACUACAGCAGAGCAAGAAGUAGUUGUGCAGAGUACUUCUGAAACUCAUGAAGGAAAUACACUUGAAGAAGUAUUUGAAUCACAAGGCUUUGAUACAUCUGUUUUCUUAUCUGUAAAUUUACAGGCUCCUGAUACAUUGGCAUUAGCUUUGUCGAACAUGCUGCCACAGUCAGAUCUUUCGAAGAAAAAUGAAGUACCCAAGGACGGUGAGCAAGUACAGCAGGCUCAGUCUACCGUUGAGGAAGUAGUUGAUGAAAAUUAUGCUUUACUGGGUGACAGCUUCCAGAAUCAGUUAUUAGUAGAUGAAAAACAGCACAAGUGUAACCAGUGUGGCAGAACUUUCAAGAAAUUAAGCUACCUCAAUGUGCAUAUGAGAACACAUACAGGCGGGAAAAUAUAUGCAUGUUUAAUAUGCAACAAAAAAUAUGUUAAUUUUUGCACACUUCGAGGCCAUAUGAAAAGUCACACAAAAGGAGCUGAGCUUAUGUGCCAAGUAUGUAACUACCGCUUUCCAGAUUAUACAACACUUUGCCAGCACAUGAUGGAACAUACAGAGGAGAGGCCUUUCCAGUGCAGUGUCUGUGACAUGCAAUUUCAUUCUGCUGCACAUAUGCGCCGGCAUUUAAGAACGCAUACAGCAAGUGAAAGAGCUGGCAGGGGAAAUGGAGAACGUGUUCUAAGAGGUCGACAGAGAGCAUCAGUUAUUCGCUUAAGUGCUGAAGAAACUCAGGUCCUGGCACAGCGACCACUGGAACAGGCUGGUUCAGUGUCGGAGAGGGUGCUAAUAGCAUCAGCUGCUGAAAGGGAUCGAAUUAGUGAAAUAAAGGAUCCUCACCAGCGGUACAAGAUGGAGCCUCUAUAUGCUAAUAAAUGCAAAUAUUGUCCAAAGAGUUUUAAGAAGCCUUCCGACUUGGUACGCCAUGUCCGUAUCCACACUGGUGAACGCCCAUAUCAAUGUAGUUUCUGCAAUAAGUGUUUUACAGUGAAGUCAACAUUAGACAGCCAUCUAAAGACCCAUGGAGGGCAGAAAACAUUUUCAUGUCAUGUAUGUGGCUUCUUCUUUUCAACAAAAGGAAGUUUGAAAGUACAUAUGCGUCUUCAUACAGGAGCCAAACCAUUCAAGUGUCCAGUGUGCGACGCAAGAUUUCGGACGUCAGGGCACCGAAAAGCUCAUCUUGCUUCGCACAUUAAAGAAACCAGUAGACUGAACAGACAAAGAAAGCAGCCUAAACCAACUGUGAAGGAUCAAGAGAAAAAUACUGAAAAUAUGGUAACUGAGAGAGAGAUACACCAAGCAGAAAACGAAAAUGCAGAGGCAGAUUUGAACAAUUCCACAUUUUUAGUCACUGGAGACAGUUCUCAAGUUGUCAAUAACUUCCAGUUUCAACUAGCUGAUAGCUUUCAGAUAGAUACUUCAGGGAAUCUGAUACCUACACAGGCCUUACAACUGGAUGAAGCAAUUCUACAACAGAUACAAGCUUCCAAUAUUAUUAUUCAGGCACCAGGAACGGAACAGAGUGUUUGUCAGGAAACAUUUCAAGUGUCAACGGAUGAUCAAAAUUUGGGCACUGUGCGUUUUGAAAUACCUUUUAUAAAUGUUCAGCAGACAUCGUCAGAUAAUGUGACAACCACUGGCGACAUUGUUUUUAAUGUUGAAAGUGAAUUAGAUGUUGAUAUUGACAACAAUGCUUCUUCAUCAACUCCCUCCACAACUUCACGUUUCAGGGUCAGUGACAGUCGCAAAGGUGGCAGAUCUCUAGUGCCUGUUGGUGGUCAGAAGAAGACAGAUGAUGAUUUCUUUGUGUGUCAUGACUGUCAAGUGUGUGGUAAAUGGUUCUCAAAACCAAGUCAGUUACAACGGCACGCUCGUAUUCAUACAGGAGAGCAACCCUUCCAGUGCACUGUAUGUAACAAAAGAUUCAAUCAGAAGGAUGCUUUGAGUAUACAUUUAAAAAGUCACACAGGUGAAAGGCCAUUUGCUUGUCAGUAUUGUGAUUACUCCUUCACACAAAAAGGUAACUUGAAGACCCACAUUAAGCGAGUUCACAGAUUCAGUUGUUCUGAGCUUGGGACGAAAGGUCCACCUACACCCAAAUCAGUUAUUAAGUUAAAACCUUCAAUAAACAGUGAAACUGACGUUGAUAAAAGCCUUGAUCUCGAUAGAGUUGUUGAUGACUUGUUUCCUCAGAUGAACAGUACUUUUCUUACAGACCCCUAAUAUGUAAAUUAUUUGCAUGUUUGCAUGCAUUUUCCAGUACAAAUAUUGUUUACAUCAGAAAUGAUGUUACAACUGCCAUAAAUAUUUAUAAAUGUAAUGCAUUUGCAGAAAAUGUAAUUGUAUAUUUGUAUUGUAAAUAUAUUUUGAAAUUGUGAUUUUUCUUUGCUGUUUAUUUAUAAAAUAUUUUUUUUACUGUUAUUGUAUUUACUUAAAAAGAACUUGCAGUUAAAU